AUGGAGGCACGAGCAGCCGUGCCGAUGUUUCUUCCAGACGGUGGUCCUUUCAUGACUGGAUCCUGGCAUCCAUCGAACCCUUCGUCGUGGUCGUCGUUCUUAUCCAGCUGGGUCAACAGACUCUGGGGCGCCUCUGUCUUAUCUUCGUUCCUAGCAGGGUCGCCAAUGCUCAAUACAUUGGCUAUUCUGAUCUUGGGAACCCUGAUAGAGGCGGGGAGGAGGCUGUCCUCGUGGUUCUUUCAGAGAUUCCAACUCCGCCUCGCCAUUUCCGCCCAGUUCCAGCAAGGAGACCCUGCGUACGACUGGAUCCUUCAGUUUCUGACAAAGCAGAAAGUUUGGCGACUCGCUCGAGAUUUCCGCGUUGCCUCCAAAAGCUCGAAACGGCAGUGGGGUAUAGGUGCUGUCGACCGUGGAGGACAAGAAGACGAAUAUGUCGAAUAUGUUCCUACGUACAACCAGCCGCAGCUCUUUCGGUGGAAUGGGUACUGGGUCGAGGCUAGCAGGACACAUAUGUACCACCCUGCCAAUGCCGGAUUUCCUCCUGGUGCAGUCACAGCGGGCUCGUCGAUCACGCUACACGUCUAUACUUGGAACAUGAAAGCGCUUUCCGACCUCGUGAAGCACGCGCGGCUUCAGUACCUCCAGGUCAGCAAGCCCCAUGUUAUCAUUCACACUUCGGAUAAGCCGUCCUAUGGUCCAGGAAUGUAUUGGACGGAUGUCAAGAAGAAAGCGCGUCGUCCAUUGAACUCGAUCAUUUUGGAGGGAAAUACUUUGGAGAAAAUCCUGGCUGAUGCUCGCGAAUUCAUCUCGAUGGAACGGUGGUACAACAAUGCGGGGAUUCCCCACAGGCGGGGAUACCUGCUGUAUGGCCCACCUGGAACGGGUAAAAGCUCCACUAUUUACGCCCUAGCUGGUGAGCUCGGGAUGGAGAUUUAUUCUUUGUCUUUGGCCUCUGACUUUGUCGAUGACAACUUUCUUCAAAAGGCUUCCUCGUCUGUUCCCAAGAACUCGAUAUUCCUGAUCGAAGAUGUCGACUGCGCCUUCCCAUCAAGAGAAGACGAGGACGAGAAGGACAAGCCCCGCAGAGGUAGGAGAGAUGAAUACAGGUCCUUCGUUACCCUCUCUGGCCUCCUUAAUACUCUUGAUGGGGUGGGCAGCGAGGAAGGGAAGCUUUUCUUUGCAACGACCAAUCACCUCGACAGGCUCGAUCCAGCCUUAAUACGACCAGGACGCAUAGACAUGAAGGUCGAGUAUAAGCUGGCGACUAAAGGCCAAGCAAGCGCGCUCUUCGCUCGAUUCUAUUCUUUCAAAGACGAUAUCCUGCCCGACUCGAUGCAUAGCGUCGAUGAAAAGAAAGAGCACUUAACAGACGGGGAGAUCACACGACUGGCGAAUGCAUUUGCUAAAGCCAUACCUGAGCACGAGUUCUCGACAGCCGAGAUUCAGGGAUAUCUCCUAGGAUUUAAGAAGGACCCAGAACAGGCUGCAGCCUGUGUGGGCGAGUGGGUAGUUGCCGAACAGAAGCGACGGGAGGAGGAAUUGCAAGCGGAGAAGGAGAAGAAGGAAAAGGUUAAAGCUUCAAAGGAUUCUGGUCAAGGAGUGAACGGAAUAAACGGCAUCGUAAAUGGCUUCCCAGGUCCCUCUGCAUCAUUCAGUGGCCGCCCUCUUUCCUCCGCUGGUGUUGCCGUCAGUGCGGCUGGAUAG